AUGGCGACGGCUACAGUUCACCCUCCCCAUCAGGGCAUGCCAAACCUGCCCUCACAACCCAUGGGAGAAACCUCCCCGCGUUCGAGUAAUACCAGUGCCAGCAAUGAGAAGAUAGACAUUGCUGCCACUGCUACUACUCCUGCCUCGCGCAAAUGGUUCUUCAAGCAUCACGAUAAUGCCUUUACUGUGGACCGAUCUGCUUCCCCCAAGCGGAGGAAAACAUUCUGGAAGUCGUUCAAGUAUCUCAGGGACUUGACACCUCAACAAGUGAAUGAUUUCAUGGCAUCUUACGUUAUCUACAACCUCGACUGGAACAAUGAAGCCGAGAUGAUUCAAGCUCUCGGUCUCGACUACCAAAAAAAAGUCGGAGACUGCCUUAGGGCGUAUUAUGGUGUAAUAAAUCAUCUAUGUGCGCUUGGAGAUGUCGAAAAGAUGUACAUCCCACCUCUUAUGGAUAAGCAGGCAUCAGUCCUGGACAAUCAGUUAUUGAACGAGGAGGCCAUUGCAAGGGAGAUUGGACUCAAGGCUGGCGACAAGGUCCUUGAUUUGGGAUGCGGCCGAGGAAGAGUCGCCGCGCACAUGGCCAAGUACAGUGGCGCCAUUGUGACCGGUCUCAACAUUGACCCGAAUCAAAUCGCACAGGCAAGAGAGUUCAACGCUAGCCUGGGUCUGCAAAACGAGUUUGUCGAGCACGACCAGAAUGAUCUGCCGCUUCCCUUUGCAGAUGCCUCUUUUGAUGCAUUCUACGAGAUCCAGGCGUUGAGUUUAUGCAAGGACCCAAAGAAGCUGUUCAAGGAGAUCUUCAGGGUUCUCAAGCCCGGAUCCAAGUUCCUGCUAAUGGACUGGGUGAGCUUGCCCGCCUACGAUCCCACGAACGAGGAGCAUGUCGAGCUCAUGCGACGUGUUAAACCCCUCAUUGGAGCCGUGGGUACUCCUACUCCGGACAGCUUCGAGGCCGCUCUCAAGGACGCUGGCUUCAAAGUCACCACAUCCGACAUUCCCAGCUUGGACGGCAAGCAAGCAGCACUGAUUGACAAGGUGGACAUUUACUUUCGUACCGUGCGGCAAAUGAUUCUCGGAGCUGUAGCCGUGAAGCUGCUGCCCGAGCACUUCAAGACCCUGAUCAACCGGUUAUGUCUAGACGGCCAGGCUUUUGUCAAGAUGGACGCUAUGCGGUUAUGCACAACUGUAUAUCGUGUCGUGGCGGAAAAGCCUGCAGCUUGA